CUUUCAUAAAAAUACAUAAAUAAAAGUAGGGAUGAUUACAUUACACUCGAUACACUCUGAAACGUUACCGAUACUUAAAGUCAUGAACUAAAUAUAAAGUCGCAUAGUUAACUUUCAUUCGAACACAUAUUUGCUUUUAAAUUAGACAAUCAGCUAACCAGCAAGUAGAAAAUUUGAUUUCCUCCGAUUCAAAACAAUAGCCCAAAUCAUUCACCAUGGGUCGCUCUUCGAAGAAAGAUAAAUCACAGUCUGCACCCCCUCCAGUCACGUAUAUGGUUACACCACCCGAAGAAGAAGAGAAACGAAAGCAGACCGAUGCUAAAAUAGCUCGCACACAGAAAAAUGUGGAUCAAGUGGUGGAUAUAAUGAAGGAUAACGUAGAGAAGGUUUUGGAGCGCGAUGAGAACAUAUCAAAUCUAGAGUCGCAAUCGGAGAAACUACACGGCAGGACGAAAGCCUUCAAAAAAACAGCCAAGGAUGUCAAGGUUUUGCAUCGCAACCGAUACUGGAAGUGGGUGUGUCUGUUGAUCAGCGUAUGCCUGUUUGCCAGCCUGAUCAUCGUACUCGUCCUCAAACCCUGGAAUUAGACACUAGUCUUCAUUCGGACUAACCAGCUCGGCAUAUCUUAACGCGAACUUCGCGCCGAAACAACCUGAAAAGUGAUACGGGCUAUGUGCACAUCGAGCACUUCAUUGCAACAUUUCCAAGCAAAGAGUAUUACAAAAUACGCAUUCAGGCGAAGAUUUGAAAGUCAUACAGCAGUGGAAAAAAUGCAAGCAUCUACAAAUGUAUCUUUGCACAUCACGAGUUACUUAAAGCAUAAUUUGGAGUACGCAUUUCGGAGCUGAUAAGACUCUAUCUCCUCCUCUGCCAGCAUGCAAAGUCCCAGCAAAACGCGAUACAUACUUGUAUCCACAUAUGUUUUCGCAACGUAGGCCCGUCCUCUAAAAAUCCUUCUGGGUACAUGUAUCCAUCAACUUAGGGCAUGUGCACCAAAUGACAGGAUAUGUGAAUGCUGCUACUAAAAACAAAUUGUACAUAUAACGACCCUGUUCCGCGCUGCGUAGCAGAAAAAAAAUAAAGAUAUGGUAGGCAUACAAGGUGAA